UUGCGGCUUGUCCCUUCAGGCUUGCCGUAGGUGGAUCUCAGGUCGUGUGGAUGUAAGUGUCGGUCAAAGUUUAGUUCUACUGGGAAGAACUGCUUUGAGGCGGAAAGGUGCACAUUUACCCACGAUGACGGCACGGAAUAUAACCAGAUUCUGGGAAUGGGGACGCAAGAUAAUUUGCGUGGGGAGAAAUUACGCAGACCAUGCUAAAGAGCUGAAAAAUGCAGUUCCCACAGAGCCCAUCCUGUUCCUGAAGCCCCCUUCAGCCUAUGUGACAGAGGGCUCCCCCAUCCUGGUGCCUCUGUACACCAGCAACCUGCACCAUGAGGUGGAGCUGGGGGUGGUGAUCGGGAAGGGGGGCACGGCCAUCCUGCAGUCCGAAGCUAUGGAGCACGUUGCAGGCUAUGCUCUGUGUUUGGACAUGACUGCCAGGGACAUCCAGGACGAGUGCAAGUCCAAGGGUCUCCCCUGGACCCUGGCCAAAGCUUUCAACACAUCCUGCCCUGUCAGUGAGUUCAUCUCCAAAGAUCGCAUCCCUGACCCGGGAAACGUCAAACUGUGGCUGAAGGUGAACGACCAGCUGCGGCAGAGCGGCUGCACCUCACAGAUGAUCUUCUCCAUCCCUUAUCUGAUCAGCUACAUCAGUGACUUCAUCAGCCUGGAGGAGGGGGACCUCAUCCUCACAGGGACCCCCAAAGGUGUUUCCGCCGUGCAGGAAUAUGAUGAGCUGCAGGCUGGGAUCGAGGACGUAGUGACAAUGUCUUUCAAAGUGGACAGACAGGACAAUUAAUGGAAAUAGAAGACUCAGAGAAGUAAUGAGUACUUUUACUCAAGUACUGUCUGAGGUACUUGUACUCAGGGCUUGGCAUUAAAAACAAUAAUGUCAAUUAUUGUAGUGGGCCAUAACUUUUAUGAAUAUCAUUUUUAGAUUGUGAUCAGUUUCUUUUACUGCUAUCAUAAUGUCUGUUUAGGGUUUAUUCAGUUUACAUUGUCUAUGGUCAGUAAUAACAGAUGCUGGUUUUAAUACUGAAUAAACCAUUUAUUGUUAAAAUUUCUGAAAUAUUGUUGGUAUUUGAUGUGCUCUGGACAUGAAGAAUACUGUAUGACCUCAAAUCACCACCU